GCCGGAGAUUAGGAAAUUAAGCUGAACACUUUAGCUUAGGUCACCUUUCUUCGUCCUAUUUUGCCUUCGUCAAUACUCAAUGCGAACGGUUCUCUCUCUUUUCCAUCUUUCUACAACAUAAAACAGCCUGGCGAUCGAUCGAUCAAAGACUACUGGAGCUCUAUUCUCGCCAAGCUCAGACUGCAUCGGAACUUCUCCGCCACAGUAUUACUUAUUAUCCGGCGACGAUGAACAGUGUUGUUCACAUUUCUGAAGGUACUGCUUCGAAUUGAUGAAGUUACAGUCAACUAUUGAGAUCUAGACAGUGAUACUUUUAUAUUCUAGCUCUUAUCUUGAUGCUUGGGAAAUAAGAAGACUGAAUAUGAAGCAAAGGACCUCUCAUAACACAAAGGGUCAGAUGCACAAACAAUUCCAAGGAGAUGGAACAAAUUGGAUACUUAUUGCUGGUGGUGCCUUGCUGAGUAGUCUAUCGAUUAGAUUGGGAUACAAGCUGAAGCAGUCCCUUGAUUCAAGGCAACAAGGCUCUGAGAGUACUGUUGAGCGGAAGAAGUCAGGAGGACGUCGCUUGCGCUCCAACGGAUAUUGUGUAUCACAAGAAGAUGACGAGUCUUAUAACUAUAUUUCAGGAACUCCUGGCAGGGUAGAGAUAAAACAUCAAAACGGUAACCAAUUUUCGACCGAAUCCGAAAUGGCACUGCCUCUAGCAACAAUUCCCCCAUCCGAUUACAACAAAGAUAACGGUGUAAUGUGGGCAUCAUCACCCGACCGUCUGGAACUUCCUCAGAAACCAUUCCACCAUUCAAACAGUUCUGAAUCACCUUGUGUAUCUGAAUCGGGUUCAGACAUCUUCAGCAAACGAGAAGUUAUUCAAAAGCUUAGACAGCAGUUGAAGAGAAGAGACGACAUGAUAAUGGAGAUGCAGGAUCAGAUUGUGGAGUUACAGGGUUCGCUAUCGGCUCAGUUGUCUCAUUCAUCCCACAUGCAAUCUUUGGUGGAUAAAUCGAAUCUAGAUCUUAUGGAUUCGGAGAGAGAGAUCCAACGGCUGAGGAAAGCAAUUGCGGAUCAUUGCGUGUCACAGGUUAGUCCGAAUGGGAAUGUGUUUGGAAACGGGCAUUCGGGAAUGGAAAUGGAAUGCUGUUCUUCUUCUUUGAAAGUUGAAAUGCUGAAGAAGGAAGUGGUUGAGUUGAAGGAAGUGAUUGAAGGAAAGGAAUAUCUUUUGCAGAAUUAUAAGGAACAGAAAACCGAGCUUUCUGUUAAGGUUAAGGAAUUGCAACAAAGGUUAGAUUCUCAACUUCUUAAUAUUUUGUAGGGUUUAUGUACAUUCUUGCUGCUUUGUUUUGCCUAUUAUUAUUAUGUUGCCUUUUUUAGGGUUAUGUUAAAAUUAAAAUUUUGGUAGUUUGGUUUGUAUGUUGUGUAUGCAAAGUUUGAAUUGAACCUAUAUAGUCAGGCUGUUAUUUGUUUGAUUUUAUAUUACGGAUUGUUUUUGUUUAAACU